AUGAACUUUUUCGCACGAAGACCCUUGGCUAGUAUAGAAAACAUUUCACCGUUAAUACAUGAAAGUUCAUAUUGUGGAAUUAAAAACAUUAAAUAUGGUGGAAUUGAAAGCAAUAAUGAUUUAAGAUUUAAAAAGGAUAUAGAAGAUGAACUUGGUUUCGAACGUGAAAAGGAUACUGAAGAUAGACCUGCAAUUGAACGUGAAAAGGAUACUAAAGAUGGACCUAGUAUUGAACCUGAAGAUGGACCUGGUAUUGAACUUGAAGAGGACAUUGAUAUUAUUAGCGAAUCAGAUGAUACCUCUAAAAAUACAGAUAAUUAUCAACAUGAGCAUCUAUCUCCAAUCUGCAUUGAGAUCUACCAUGAAAAAACCUUUGGAACUUGGAAAGAAUCCAUGAUCCAUGACAGCAUACCUGGGACUGUAAACGUGAAUGCGUACAAGAGUAAGGGCCCUGAUAAUGAAACUAUAAUUAAAUUGACAUUGAUGCAUCCUGAACACAACCAUCAGUUGAUUUCUGAAAAUGCUAGCUUUGCUACUAGCUAUCAGAAACUUACCACAGAUAUGAAGGAGCUUAUUGAAAGUUAUAUAAUUUGUAAUAUUGAUGUCUCAUCCCAGCAAACAAUUGAAGCUACAGGAGUUCAGCCCAGAGCUUUUAUGAUUGAUGCAGAUCUAGGCCUUAAAAAAACAUUUGAGGAAUACUGGAAACAACUUAUGAUUGAUUUUCCAGAAUCAACUGAAUAUCUACUUAGACAGCUUGAUUCACAGGUUGUUGAUAAUGGGCCGAUUGAAUUUGAGUAUGAUUUCUGUCAGAUACGGUUUGACAAACUUCUUGAAGGGGUUGAUUAUUCCUUAGUUGCUGAAUCUGAAAAGGCCUAUUUUCAUAUUUCUCUUAUUCCAAGAUGUUGGUACAAAGAUGAAUUUAUGGACAUGGUGGUUGCUGAUGAGCUAUUUGUUAGAAACAAAUCAUUAGAAAAGAACAGUUCAAUACCAUCCUUACUUUCUUUUCCAGAU